AUGGCUCUUGCUGUGCCAUCCGCUACCGCAGCCCUCGCCGGGCUCGCCUACCUCAAUGCCCGCUGGCGAGUCUCGGUCGACCUGGAGCUCAUCCUCAGUCUCCUGGCGUCCCAAAGAGCUUUUGCAAAGAGAGAGGCUGCAGAUCGGGCCAACUCCUUCUACCUCAUUGAGGGCCAUGCGCAGAACCCCAAGGUCGCAGACAAGAUCUUCCUCAUCUACCAGGGCAAGACAUGGACGUUCAAACAGACAUACGACAUGGUGCUGCGUUAUGCGGGAUACCUGCACGCCACCCAUGCCGUCCUGCCUGGCGAGAUCGUCGCCAUGGACUUUAUGAAUGGCCCUCCAUUCCUCUUUCUGACCAUGGCUUUGUGGUCCUUGGGUGCCCUGCCGGCCUUUAUCAACUACAACCUGACCUCCACCUCCUUCGUCCACAGCGUGAAGACGUCCUCGGCGAGACUCUUGAUUGUUGAUCCUGAGAUCGAGUCCAAGGUCCUGACCGACGAGACAAAGGCCAUUUUCUCGGCGCCCAAUUUCCGCAACAAUGCCUUCCCUCUGGAGGUCGCAGUCUUGACUCCUGGCCUCCAGUCGUCUCUGGAAUACUUUCCUCCCUAUCGUGCCCCUGACUCUGCCCGAUCCGGUGUGGUUGGUCGUUCUCCAUGUGUCCUGAUAUCGACCUCGGGGACGACAGGCCUCCCGAAGGCUGCAAUUGUGCCUUGGGACCGGACCGUGGUUGGCUCCGGUCUUAUUGCACGCUGGAUAAACCUGCAUCCCGUCACGUCAUCCAAACCAGACAGGUACUAUACCGCCAUGCCGCUGUAUCACUCCUCUGCCUUUCAAUUGGGCUUCCACUGCUGUCUGAUCCGAGCGUGCACUUUGGUCCUGGGCCACAAAUUCUCCGUCUCACACUUUUGGGACGAGGUCGCUGCGGCGGAUGCCACGGCCAUCCAGUAUGUUGGCGAAACCCUGCGUUACCUCCUCGCCGUGCCACCUCAACCAAAUGACCGCACCAAACACAAAGUGCGUCUCGCAUUUGGUAACGGCCUCCGACCAGACGUUUGGGACAAAUUCCGCGCCCGAUUUGGUGUCGAGACGGUGGCCGAGUUCUACGGUGCCACCGAAUCCGCCGGCGCGAGCUUCAACCUUUCCCGCAACACUUUCUCGUCAGGCGCCAUAGGUCAAGCCGGUCUCUUGGGCAGCUUGUUCAUGAGGUUGAGGCAGACCAUCGUCAAAGUGGACUGGGACACAGAAGCGCCUUACCGAGACCCGAAAACAGGGUUUUGCAUCCCCGUACCUCGCGGUGAACCCGGCGAACUACUUUACAGUGUCGACCCAGCCGACAUUGGUGCCAAGUUCCAGGGGUAUUUUGGCAACAAGGAGGCCACUAAUUCGAAGAUCUUGAGAGACGUGCUGAAGAAGGGCGACGCUUGGUUCCGUUCCGGAGACGUGAUCAAACUCGACUCAGAGGGACGCACCUGGUUCAUGGACCGCAUAGGCGACACCUUCCGCUGGCGUAGCGAGAAUGUGUCGACCGCCGAAGUCGCCCAGGCCCUGGGUCAACAUCCAGCUGUGCUUGAAGCGAAUGUCUACGGGGUGGCAAUCCCACACCACGAAGGCCGCGCCGGGUGUGCUGCUGUCUUGCUCAAAGACAUCAGCUCCCACACGACGCCUAUUCCGGACACUCUACUCGAGAGUCUAGCCACUUACGCGAGAAAUAGUCUGCCCAAAUAUGCGGUGCCCGUGUUUCUUCGAGUAAUGACGCAAGUCAUAGCGACGGGGAACAAUAAACAGCAGAAGACUGUUCUCAGACAGGAAGGAGUAGAUCCGGCCAAAGUCGCCGACGACCGGUUGUUCUUCCUCCGGCCCAACAGCCAGAGAUACGAGCCUUUCGGGAAGGCUGAGUGGGAGAUUGUGAAGAGUGGAAAGAUGAAAUUGUGA